ACGAAUCUUUAUGUUUUGGACGGAUGCGUUUAUUAUUCGUGAUCAAAAAUCAAUUUUCCUGCAAGUUCUUGCACAACUAAUCAGUAACCAAGGUCAAGAGUUGUGGACGCGAGACCUACAGCCGGUGAAUGCAAGUGAUCGGGAAUCAGUUACCACAUGGCCGGGUUGAUUAACUUUGAGGACGAACAGGAGGUGAAGCAGUUUCUGGAGAAGUUAGGAGUGGAGUACAGUUAUCAGUGUUACCGGGAGAAGGAUCCUGAAGGCUGUCAGAGGUUGGCAGAUUAUUUGGAGGGUGUGAAGAAGAACUAUGAGUCCACGGCCCAGGUUCUCAAGCACAACUGCGAGGUGAAUGGCCAUGGAGAGAGCUGUUAUAAGCUCGGCGCUUACCAUGUCACCGGCAAAGGUAAAGCCAGCGUUUGUUACUAGAAUUUAGGAUCAUGCAGAUCUUAAAGGGGUCGUAUGAUGCGAUUUCUAUUUUUCCUUUC